CGCAGCCUGGGGGCGGGACGGUCUCAGGCACUUCCGUUCAGGUGGCCCGGUUGUUGCGUGUUCCGUUGCGGGCUUUCCUGUGGCAAUGACACGACCAGGCACACCUCUGCCUUGCCAGGACUCCGUAUUCUGGGAAUCUGUACCUCUCCAGAAGUAGGAAGAAAAAAAUGACCACAUUCAAGGAGAUGGUGACAUUCAAGGAUGUGGCAGUGGUCUUCACCGAGGAGGAGCUGGGGCUGCUGGACCCCUCCCAGAGGAAGCUGUACCGAGAUGUGAUGCUGGAGAACUUCGGGAACCUGGUCUCUGUGGGGCAUCAACCAUUCAAACGAGAUGGAGUCCACUUGGUAAGAGAAGAAAAGUUUGGGAUGAUGAAGUUAGCAACCCAAAGAAAAGGCAUUUCAGGAGACAAAGUCCAACAUGAGAUGGAGACUAUUGCUAAAGCAGAACCACAUGAAGAACUUUCCUCCUGGCAAAUCUGGCAACAGAUUGCUAAAGACUUAGCCCGGUAUCAAGACUCCAUGAUAAAGAGUUCUCAGUUCUACAAACAACAUGAUUUACCUGGCCAGGUUGGGGCAGGACUGCCUAUAACUCACUCAGGCCAGAAAACUUACCAAGGAAAUGGGUGUAAAAAAUUCUUCAGUGAUAUCUCCAACUGUGAUCUUCAACAGUUAAACUCACGAGCGAAGUCUCAUACAUGUCGUGAGUGUGGGAAAUGCUUCUUUUAUAGCUCAGCACUUCGUAUUCAUCAGAGAGUUCACCUGGGAGAGAGGCAGUAUCGGUGUGAUGAAUGUGGUAAGGAAUUCAGUCAGAGCUCACAUCUGCAAACUCAUCAGAAAGUCCACACCAUAGGGAAGCCAUUCAAAUGUGAAGAAUGUGGGAAAGGCUUCAGUCGUAAAUCAGAACUUAGUAAUCAUUGCAGGUUACACUCGGGAGAGAAACUUUAUAAGUGUAAGGGAUGCGGGAAGGCCUUCAUUAAUGCUUGUCAUCUUCAGGACCAUCAGAGAAUCCACACUGGGGAGAAGCCAUUUAAGUGUGAUAUCUGUGGUAAGAGCUUUCGUCGUAGAUCAGCACUUAAUAGUCAUUGUGUAGUCCACACAGGAGAAAAACCAUACAGAUGUGAGGAUUGUGGGAAGUCCUAUACUUGGCGUUCACGUCUUCGUAUCCAUAAGAAAGUCCACAUGGGACAGAAGCCACACAAAUGUGAGGAAUGUGGAAAGAGCUUCGCUUCUAGGACACAUCUUUAUUACCACCGGAGGUUCCACACAGAGGAGAAACCCUAUCAUUGUAAAGAAUGUGGGAAGAGCUUCAGAUGGGUCUCCCCUCUUUUGACACAUCAGCGAGUCCACAGUGGAGAAAAACCAUUCAAAUGCGAAGAGUGUGGGAAGGGAUUUGGUCAGAAAUCAUGCCUGCAAGCUCAUCAGAAAGUCCACACCAGAGAAAAACCAUACAAAUGUGAGGAGUGUGGGAAGGGCUACAAGACAAGCUUGGAUCUUGAUGUGCACCAGAGUGUGCAUAUGGGAGAGAACCCAUACACCUGUAGGGCAUGUGGUAAGCACUUCACUAGGACCUCAAAUCUUAAAGUUCAUCAGAGAGUCCACACUGGAGAGAAACCAUACAAAUGUAAUGUGUGUGGUAAGGUCUUCAGUCAGUCUGGACAUCUAAAAUCUCAUCAGAGAGUUCACACAGGGGAGAAACCUUACAAGUGUAAGAUAUGUGGUAAGCAGUUCAGUUCAAGUUCAUAUGUUAAAAUUCAUCACAGAAUCCAUGCUGGUGAUAAAUUUCAUCCAGUCUCAUAGGAAAACAGUAAAGUGAAUGUUUUAUCCAUAGCUGAAUAGAUCUCAGUGAUCUUAAGAUCACACAAAUGGUGCAGUGAGGGCUUUAGUUAAGGCCUUAGCAGUUGAAGUUAUCACUCAAGAAACAGGCUGUUGAAAUAAUCUUUCCUUAAGCACUUAAUCAAACUCUAAUGGAUAUUAAAAUUGAUGUCUCCUGGAAUAUAAUCUUCAUGAGGGCAAGAAGUUUAUUUGCUGCUGAAUUUAUAUAAUAAACAUUGAGUAGCACUCUGUAUGUGCACUUGGUACCUGUUUGUUAAAUGAAUCAAAGGGAAGAGAGAGACUUAGGGAAGAUGGCAGAGUAGGAGGACCCUAAGCUUGCCUCCUUUCAUAGAUACAGCUAGACAACACAUCAGUGUAAGUGACCCAGAAAUCGACCUGAAGCCUGGCAUAAAAAACUGAUGAGCUAAAGGUAGAGAAGAGGCAAUAUCAAAGAAGGCAGGCAGGGCAAAGAUGCAGUUUGAGAGUGAAACAGACUGUGUCUGUCUGUGGUGGGGAGAAGGCAAAAAACACAUUAUCACAGGAAAGACAAAUUCCAUGAGUUCUUACAACCAGUGGGACUUAAAGCCUGGAUUUUCAGUUUCUGUGGGCUGGGCUCUAGAAGAGCAUGGCAACCAACCAGUGGAGAUAUAGCCAGGAAUCAGCAGUCUGAAAACGUCAGGGGCACACGAGAGAGAAAGUGACUUAAUUCAUCUCUGAGCAUGGCCCGGAGAGGCAGAGAUCAUGGGGACACCCCUCCAGGAAUAAAGGAGUUGGUAAGCCCCAUUUCCCUCCCAGGCACCCCAGCAUAAACACAUGGCCACCUGCUUACAAGUUAGGUAAGGAGCAGCACCAACACUCCUUGCCUAACUUGAUUACACCGAGGCCUACCCACUGUGGUCCAGUGGAUCUGCCUUUCCCAGGCACACUUGCUUCGGUCCUGGCACUGCAGGCCCCUUCCCCUGGAAGAGUAGAGCAAAUUCCACUAACACCUCAUCUGCCGACCUGCAUGUUUUAUGGGAUGUCACAUCCCGAGGUGGCAGUGGCAGCAGGUGUCUUCACAUGUAGACCAACCCACAUUAGAUGUGCCUCAGCCAGCUGAAGACCAAACACUGCCCACAACAGGCAAAGGGAGCCUCUGCAGAUGACCAGACUGAAGGAAAAGGCAGCCAGGACAAAACAGCAGGCAUAGGCAACACACUUAGGAGACAUGCCCUAAAGUGACAGUUCCCAGGGAACAAGAGACUCAUUCAUGAGGCCAUUACCUCCAAGGGCCAAGAGACAUAACACUUGAAGAAGACACCAAAAUAGAGACAAAAUGAGGAGAGUUGGCAUAUCACCCAAAUGAAAAAUGACCAAACCACAGAAAAAGACAAAGCAGAUGUAAGAGAAUGUAAAGUAAUGUUCAUAAAGAUACUCACUGAACUUGAGAAGAGUGAAAGACAUCAGUGAGAUCCUACCACAGAGAUUAAAAAGACCCAAUCAGAGAUGAAGAACACAAUAAAUAAACACUUGAUGGCAUAAAUAGGCUAGAUGACACAGAGGAAUGAUUAAUGAUCUGCAAGACAGAGUAAUGAAAAGUUAUCAAGCUGAGCAAAUGAGCGGGGAAGUUUAUCCAAAUAAUUAGGGAACUCUGACUCCAUUAAGCAUAAUAACAUUUGCUUUGAAGGGAUCCCAGAAGAAGAGAGAGAAAAGGGAGCAAAAAGUUUAUAUGAAGAAAUAGCUGAAAACUUCCUUUUUGUGGGGAAGGAAACAUACCCAGAUCCAGGAGGCACAGAGAACACUCCAAAAAUCAGCCCAGGAAGGUCCACACCAAGACUCAUAGUUCUGGAAAACGGCAGAAAGUAGUGAUAAAGGGAGAAGAUGCAAUAUUUAAAAAUUGUAUCUGUAAAAGGAAACCAGCAAAAAAAAAAA